CACCUGCCUCUGCUAACUUGUGAAACAUACUGUCUCUACAGUUUAGAUAAAAUGAUACACACCAUAUGUCCCGGUGCUCUCAUCAUAAUCUGUCUCACAGGGCUUGUCCCUGGAUUUCAACUAUCUCUGCAGCAAACACCUGAGAGAAUAAACACAACUGAGGGCUCGAAUGUGAGCAUCACCUGUCAUAUUGAAGUGGAUUCAAGAACAGAAAGAUUACAUGUUUUGUGGUUAAAAAAUAAUGUCUCAAUAAUGGACUAUGAAAUAUUUAAUGUUUCUAAGAAUCAGUUCUCUACCUGUUCUACUGGAUAUAUGUGCAUCAACGCAUCAAUUCACAUCCCUUCAGUAUAUCUAAAUCAUAGUGGUGUUUAUUACUGCAAAGUAUGGUCAGAUUUACCCAAACUUUUUGAAGCUUAUGGAGAGGGGUCCCAUGUAUAUGUGGGUACUUCUCAAAUAUCAAACAUUACUUUUUCAACACUUGUGACAUCGCCAGGUCCACCUUCGACUAUGGGUCCAGCAAACCACUAUAAGUAUAUAGUGAUGUGGCUACCGCUUUCAGGGUGUGCAAUUCUUUUGCUUGUUAUCGGCAUCGCCUGUGUCAUUUACAUAUAUAACAAAGGACACUGCAGAAGUCAAGUUAAAGCAAAAGAGUCCAAUGUAGAUGCUUUCAGUGGAUCUCUGUGCCCGGUUCCUUCUGAAACUAUUGUUUACGCUGCACUAAACAUUCCAAAAUCUGCAGACAGUGCAAAAACAAGAAAUGAGGACUGUUUAGCUCUGGCACCCUCCACAGGGAUCUGCUCUGAAGAUUCAGUGACAUACUCUGAAGUCCACAUAAAGAAAGGACCAAAGGACGAAGGUUGAUUUUUCUGUAUUUUUAUUUGACUUGGCCAGAUUUUUUUUCACAUUGUUUUUUUGUUUUUUUUUUUAAUCUCUACUUGUUAUCGCAUAUUUAUUGAUAGACGU